AAAGUGGUCGUGUCACCGGCCGAGCGCAGUCGGUCGGCGGUGCUGGUCACGGGCACCUCGUCGGGCAUUGGCCGGGCCGCCGUCGCGCGACUCGCAGCCUCUGGCUUCCACGUCUUUGCGUCGGUGCGAAAGGACAAGGACGCGGCGGCACUGCAGAAACUGGCGGACGAGCUGGGGUGCCGGGACCGCAUCACGCCGGUCAUGAUGGAGGUAACGGACGAGCAGAGCGUGGCGGAUGCCGAGCAAGUCGUGCACAAGUGCCUGGACGAGCAGGGCCUCAAGUUGAUGGCGAUCAUCAACAACGCCGGCAUCGCAGGCAGAGCCCCCGUUGAACUCGUCAGCCCCAAGAACGUGCAGCACAUGAUCAACGUGAACGUGAUGGGCGUGCUCCACAUCUGCCAAGCCUUUCUGCCGCACCUGAGGGCCGCAGGCGGCGGUGCCACGAUCGUCAACAUCUCCUCGGUGCUUGGCGGCUUCGUGGUUCCCUACCGCUCCGUCUACUCGGCAUCGAAGGCGGCGAUGGAAGCUCUGUCGGACGGGCUUCGCGUUGAGCUCCGGUCGUGGGGCAUCAACGUGGUGGUCGUGCAACCGGGCUACGUGCAGACCGACAUCAGCCUGAACAGCUUUGCCGCUGAUCUCGAGUUGGCCAAGUGCCCCAAGGAGAGGGCGGUGCUGUACCCCUACUUCGGGCAGUGGCUCAAGAAGAAGGCGGCGGCCGCUGGUCGAAGUCAGCACAUCGAUCAGGGCAUCCCGCCCGCCGAGGUCGCACACCUGCUCGAGAAGAUCAUCACCGCACUCACUCCCUUGUACAUGGUAGGGCGCGAGGCCUGGGUCGUACGGCUCUGCCGCGUGUUGCCCACCUUCAUCCUCGACUGGGUGUUGUUCACCUACCUGGCCCAGAGCUCAUCCUGA